AUGGAGGACCGGAGCGCUGCGGCGGUGCUCGCCGCGCGGUACCUGCACCGGCCCACGGGCAAGGAGCGCCUGCUUGCCGAGCUGUUCCACAGCACCGACAAUCGGUUCCAGGGGCACUGCGCGCACAUUACGCGCGAGGCGUGCGAGGCGGCGCCCGGCUCGGCAGAGCCUUGUCCUCUGCUUCAUUUCCGCCCUGUCUUUUAUCCCCAUACGAAUCCCGCACUUGGGCACUGCGGCUACCUGAAUGCGUGCCAUCGAAAGGCGACGUGCAAGUUUCUCCAUUUCGAGAUCGACCUCCGCCCGCCGCAGGUGCCCUUUGCAUGGGAGUGCACGAGCGCGGUGCCGUACGACGCCGCGUCCAAGUACGCAGAGCACGCCGCGAUCGAAGAGCCGGUGCGCGUCCUGCGCCAAGCCGGCCUCGAGGCGUGGCUGCACGCGCAGGAAUGGCAUGCCGCGCAGCCCCGCCUGCCUGCGCAGUGGAUCUCGUGCGACGUGUGCACCUUUCCUUUGUCGACGCUCGGCAAGUUUGACGUGGUGGUCGCCGAUCCCCCGUGGGACAUCCACAUGUCGUUGCCGUACGGCACGCUCUCGGACGAGAAUAUGUACGCCCUUCCUCUGCCCGACCUCCAGGAAGAGGGCCUGCUCUUUCUCUGGGUGACGGGGCGCGCAAUGGAGCUGGGGCGCCAGUUGCUCAAGCACUGGGGCUAUGUCCGUAUUGACGAGCUGAUCUGGGUCAAGAUCAACCAGAUGCAGCGCCUCAUCCGCACGGGGCGCACCGGCCACUGGCUCAACCACACCAAGGAGCACUGCUUUGUCGGCCUCAAGCGCAAGGGGAUGGCGCCUGUCGACGCACCACCCCCUGGCACGCACAUACCUCUUCCAGAAUGGAUGCACGCGGGCCUUGGCAACGAUGUGAUCGUCGCCCCGGUCCGCGAUACGUCGCGCAAACCCGACGAGCUCUACGACAUGAUCGAAAAAAUGUGCCCGGGCGGCCGCAAGGUCGAGCUCUUUGGGCGCCAGCACAAUGUGCGCCCGGGAUGGCUCACACUUGGCAACCAGCUGAAAAACGACCACGUCGUCGAGCCGCACCUCCAAGCCGCGUGCGAAGCGCGCGACGCCGCCCAAUAG